AUUGGAGCUCACGGAGGAGCGCUGGGUUGUCGCAGGGAGAGCUAAGAGGCUUGUGCACUGGCAACAUGAACCGGGGGCACCGGGCGGCGGGUACCAGCAGCAGGUCCCUGGGUACUGUAGAGGUGAAGAGCAAGUUUGGGGCAGAAUUCCGGCGCUUUGCAUUGGAAAAGACAAAACCGGGAAAAUUUGAAGAAUUCUAUGGAUUACUCCAGCACGUGCACAAAAUCCCAAACGUGGAAGUAUUGGUGGGCUACGCCGAUAUUCACGGGGACUUAUUGCCGAUCAACAAUGAUGACAAUUAUCUUAAAGCAAUAACGACUGCAAGCCCCUUGCUCCGGAUAUUUUUGCAAAGAAAAGAGGAGGCCGACUACAGUGCGUUUGGCACGGACACCUUAACCAAAAAGAGGACUGUUCUUUCAACAGUGUUGCACCCAGAACUUAACAAAAAGAAGCCGCACAUAGUUAUAAGCAUGCCAAAGGAUUUCAGGCCUGUUUCAUCAAUCAUAGACGUGGAUAUCCUUCCUGAAACCCACCGCCGGGUUCGGCUCUACAAACAUGGCAUGGAUAAGCCCCUUGGUUUCUACAUACGGGACGGCUCAAGCGUCCGAAUGACCCCGCACGGACUGGAGAAAGUGCCUGGGAUUUUCAUAUCGCGGCUUGUACCUGGUGGACUUGCACAGAGCACCGGUUUGCUGGCCGUCAACGACGAGGUUCUUGAAGUCAACGGGAUUGAAGUUUCCGGAAAGAGCCUCGACCAAGUUACGGAUAUGAUGAUUGCAAACAGUCACAACCUUAUUAUAACGGUAAGGCCUGCCAACCAGAGGAACAAUAUUGUCCGAAACAGCCGGAAUUCGGGAAGCUCUGGGCAGUCUACCGACAGCAGCACAAGUAUGCAGGGCCAUGUUACCCCUCAGCAGAUUGUGCAGAACUAUCUUCCGGAAGACGCCGAGAGCGACGAAGAGGACAUUAUCAUUGAAGAGAAUGGUGAUCCCCAACAGAUUCCCAAAGCCAUUCCCACCAGUGAGAGCUUGGAAUCCUUAACGCUCAUGGAAACGUACCACGAUUCAUCUCAAAAUGGGUACAUCCCAACGAACACUUACAGAAUGCACCUCAGCACCACUGGGGGCAGCCUGGAGCAACUGGGAAAUAACCACGAUAAAAAAAUCUUCGAAGAAGACGGCACCAUUCUUACACUGUGAACUCCUCAUUCCCUACUCCCUGGAGAUACCACUCGUGUGGUUAACGAAUGGCUCAUUGGUUGCACAUCUACUUUUUUGGUUGUUGAUCUGUGUGACAAUAUUGUAAAUGGGAAGAGAUCUUUUUAAAAAUAUUUUAAUGUAUAGUUUUAUUUUUCCCAGGAGAUUUUAUUUCUUUUGGCACUAAGUAUAACCUUUCUUUGGUGUGUAAAAUGAAGGAGAAAUAACGACCAAUGGCAUCUGUCCUUUUAUAUCUUACAUUCCAUAUGCGAACAAAAUAUCCUGUAUCCAUCACUUUGUAUUGGCAUGUAGCGUUCUUAAUCCGUGCUCUCGAGAUUCCUCUAGACAAGGCGCACAGCACACGUGCGUCGAAUCGCUGUCCUAUUAUCUGUUUUAUCGUACGCUGUUAAGGUUUUUAUACACGGAUUACACGACCCAUUGGCGAGCCCUAGGAACGAUUCCGCCACUUCACUGUUUAACACCCAAAUGUUUGCUCUGGGCUUCUCUAGAAUAUGCAAUUGUGAAUCAUUUGUAACAUUGAAAUCUGGAAAAUGGCAAUGAAUUCCCAUGUAAUUAUGGAAUGAUUCUUGCUGAACCUCUUGGGAAUUUGUCAGGUGAUAGUGUAUGUGUAUAUAUAUAUAUAUAUAUAUAUAUAUAUAUAUAUAUAUACACACAUAUAUACAGUCUAUGAUACCUCCCAACUCCCUUAUUGGAAAGGUGGGUACCCAAAGGUGGGAUGGAUAAGAGGUGGGGAUAGGAGUGUCCUCGGCAGAUAGGAGGAUUGCCUUAUAGCCACAAAUUUCCUUCUAAUUUUGUUUUAAAGAUUGGGAGGUGUGAUACGGAUAUACAUGCAUGCAUACAUACAUACAUACAGGUAUGGGAUCUCUUAUCCAGAAACCUCCGAAUUACGGAAAGCCUGUCUCCCAUAGACUCCAUUUUAAUCAAAUAAUUCAGAUUUUUAAAAAUGAUUUCCUUUUUCUCUGUAAUAAUAAAACAGAACCUUGUAAUUGAUCCCAACUAAGAUAUAAUUACCCCUUAUUGGGGGUAGAACAGCCCUAUUGGGUUUAUUUAAUGGUUAAAUGAUUCCCUUUUCUCUGUAAUAAUAAAACAGUACCUGUACUUGAUCCCAACUAAGAUAAUUACCCCUUAUUGGGGCAGAACAGCCCUAUUGGGUUUAUUUAAUGGUUAAAUGAUUCCCUUUUCUCUGUAAUAAUAAAACAGUACCUGUACUUGAUCCCAACUAAGAUAUAAUUACCCCUUAUUGGGGCAGAACAGCCCUAUUGGGUUUAUUUAAUGGUUAAAUGAUUCCCUUUUCUCUGUAAUAAUAAAACAGUACCUGUACUUGAUCCCAACUAAGAUAUAAAUAAUCCUUAUUGGGGGCAGAACAAUCCUAUUGGGUUUAAUGUUUUAUUGAUUUUUUUUAAUAGACUUAAUGUAUGGAGAUCCAAAUUAUGGAAAAACCCCUUAUCCGGAAUACCCUUGGUCCCGAGCAUUCUGGAUAAUGGAUCCUAUACCUGUGUGUGUGUAUAUAUUUAAGAGGUGCCGCCUGUCCAUAUAAGCUUGUUACUUUGUGGUCUGUAGACUGAGUAAGACAUAACUUAUUGACUGUGUCACAUGAAUGCUGUUGCUUGAGGAUCAUUCGCAAUAAAACCCAAUCAUGAUGAUGA